CUUUCCCGCUGCCCACUUCCACCUCCCUCCCUCGACGGUGUGGAAUUGAACCCCCCUCGUGCCUUCACUGAUGCCUGCCGGCUGAUCGAUCUCUGACCAAGUGGGCCAUUCAUUCCAUGUCGGGUCGGAACGCGCCUCGCUCGAAGAAUGGCUGCAGCACCUGCCGCCGUCGUAAAGUGAAAUGCGGUGAAGAACGGCCAGUGUGCAAGCGGUGUUGCAAUCUGCGAUUGACCUGCGAGUGGGGGAUUCCUGUCAAGCGCGGCAAGGCGCAUGCCCCCGUCCGGCACCUGCAGCCGGCGCAACCUCGCUGGCCCAGCAGCGUCCUCCCCACGGCUCCUACACCGGUAUCGUCUUGCACCGACGUCUCCAACGGCAUCCUGCACCCUCAGUAUGCCACCCCCUUGGUGACCCUGUGGCAUCGGCAGUCCCCCGCAGCCCCAGAUUUGACCCCGGUUUCCCCAGACGUCAUCUUCCCCACGGGCUGGCCGUUUCCGCCCUACCAACCGUCGCCCCUAUACCGACCCUUGUCGGACCCCGGCCUGACCUGCGCCAACUCGCUCGUCUUGACCGAACAUGACCAGAAAUACUUUCAGUAUUUCCCCUCGUCGUCGGUCGUGUUUUACUAUAUGAAAAAUUGGCAAUGGAGCAGCUUUCGGUACUUGUACGAGGGGCCCGCCACCACCAGCAAGGUGAUUAUGCGGAUGAUCCUGGCCUUGUCAGCGAGUGACAUGCAUCGCAAUGGCCUGGUGGUGCGAUCGCCAGGUCGUCCGACAGCGGAGGAUCACGGUCGAUACCAUUACGGCAUGGCCGUCAAGGAAUUCCGGCAAUUGCUGGAAACGCCGAAACCGCAGGUGUCGUUUAUGGAGCUCGAGAUGAUCUUCGCCACCAUGUUCCUGAUGGUCGCGUACGAGUGGCAGUUCGGUCAUUGCGUGCGCCAUCUGCACCUGCAUCUGCAGGGGGUGCGAUCGUUGCUGGAGACCCAUCCGGAAUUGUUCCAUAUCCGGGACGUCAACGAGGUGUUGUUGGCGAUGGAGGCGGACCAGCCGAGCGAUACGGUGUCCCGGGCAUCGUUCAUCUCGGAUCAGUUCUUGCUGUGGAUGCUGUACAUCGAUGUCAACCGACGAUCCAUCGGAACGACGGACUCGCUCUACGACUACGUGCUCAACUCCGACAACGAAGCGCUCCAUCCCGACCAUCUGUACCGCUGCGCGCGACUCUGGAGCCGAUGCUUCUGGGGGAAGCAAUAUCCGGACCAGGAGGUGUCAGACGACAUGGAGAAUUACCGGGGAUUGGAGUUUUUGCACGUCGGCUACACCCUGUGGCAUAAGCUGUGGAAGUGCCUCGACGAUACGAGCACCCACACGGGCGAUGAACUUUUUGCCGAGAUGAUGACUAUCCGCGAUAAAUACUCCGACCUUCUUCUCACGGCCAAAUUCGCCAGCCCGAGCUCCACCCGACGCACCCUCAACACCAUCUACAUGGCCGUCAACAACUUUUACGCGCAGAUUCUCUUCCACCGGCGUCUGUUCGAUCCGUUGCAGCCUCCCAGUGCGUUGCACCGCCAAGCCCUCACCAACAUCCUCGACAACGCCCACAAGCAAUACACUGCGGAUCCGCGCCUCCUGCGCCGGCUGCACUGGCCCCUACUCAUGGCGAUCAUCGAGACCGACGACCCCAUCCAACGCGAAUGGCUCCGCGAACGACUCUACGACAUGCGCGCCUUUCACUCCGAACACAUGUGGGCGUUUGAAAUCGCCGAGGACGUGCUCGCUCGCCAGGACGCGAGUGCAGGCGAGUAUGCGAAUCUGGCCGAAAUGCUGCGCAAUCACCAGAUUAGCGUUCUAUAAACACCACAUAUAUAAUCCCAACCCCUUCAUCACCUGUAAACC